AUGGGCAAGACAGGUGGAAGAGGCGACUUUGAAUGGGUCUACACUGACCAGCCGCACACUUCAAGAAGAAAAGAAAUUCUGGCCAAAUAUCCAGAGAUCAAGUCUCUGAUGGGGCCGGAUCCCCAGCUGAAGUGGAUAGUAUCUGGCAUGGUCCUGACCCAGCUCCUGGCCUGCUACCUGGUCCAUGACCUCUCCUGGAAGUGGAUCUUCUUCUGGGCUUACACCUUCGGAGGCUGCAUCAACCACUCCCUGAUUCUGGCCAUCCACGACAUCUCUCACAACGUGGCCUUUGGCAACAAGCUGGCAAAGUGGAACCGCUGGUUUGCCAUGUGGGCCAACCUACCCAUUGGGUGGCCUUGCUCUGCCUCCUUUAAGAAAUACCACAUUGACCACCAUCGGUAUCUUGGUGUGGACCAGCUGGAUGUUGACACCCCCACAGACAUUGAGGGAUGGUUCUUCUGCACCCCGGCCAGGAAGGUCCUCUGGCUCUUCCUCCAGCCUUUCUUCUACGCCGUUCGCCCAUGGAUGCUCAAACCUAAACCAGUGGGUCAGCUGGAGAUCCUAAAUGCAGCUGUUCAGAUAAUAGUAGACAUAAUGAUCUACCACCUAUGGGGGCUGAAGCCCAUUGUCUACCUCAUUGCAGGUACUAUCCUGUGUAUGGGACUGCAUCCUAUCUCGGGACAUUUCAUAGCUGAGCAUUUCAUGUUCCUGAAGGGACACGAGACGUAUUCCUACUACGGAUCACUGAAUCUCAUCACCUUCAACGUUGGUUAUCACAUGGAGCACCAUGACUUCCCGAGCAUACCUGGCAGCAAACUACCUCAGGUAAAGCAAAUUGCAGCAGAGUUUUACAACUCCCAGCCUCAACACACUUCCUGGAUUCGGGUAUUAUGGGACUUUGUGUUCGACGACAGCAUCGGACCAUAUGCCAGAAUCAAACGGGAGUACAAGCUAAACAAGGAGGAAUAG